UUUGAUCAGUUAAUGGGUUCUGUUCUAAUCCCCUUUUCUUUUUCUCUCUUCUUCUUCCUUCUCUCUUAUGAUCUGGUUCUGUCAAAUCCCUUUCUGAAUAUUCCAGUUCCACCAAACAACAGCAGAAAUGAACGGACAUGUCCACCAGAACAAUAUAUCAGUUGCCGGGGCCAUGAUUAUCUGCUCAAAUUCCCUCUCAAAAACUUCCCCUAUCCAGAUACAAGAUGCGGGUUAUGGACCGUUGAUUGCUCAGAUCAUGAUGUCCCAACAAUUCAGAAUGCUCCGUAUGAUGAAUAUUCAUUAGAAACUAAAGGAGAUUCCUUCAUCAUCAAUGACACACGUCUGGCUUCACUUAUUUCCGACAAGGAUGGUUGUGGCUUCGUUGAAGAAUUUUUUACUUUUACAAGAACAGACACUUCUACAAACAUAAGCAUAGUCAACUACUCAAUCUCCCCCAACAUGACCGUUUUCAAAUGCUCUGAUCCACCUCAACAAUUUCAUUUUGUCGAUCUCUGUCCAGAUAAUCUUGGUCUCUAUUUCAACUAUUCAGCUGAAGAGCUGAUUCAACCGCCUCCCACCUGUUUCCCCAUUGUUGUGCCCAUUAUGUCAGAAACAGAGAUCAGAAGAAAUACAAGCGAUCUGUUUUCUCUCUUGGCUUCCCAAUUCACUAUUCAACUAUAUCUUUCAGAACCAUGCUCAAAUGAAUGUCAUCCUAAUCCUAAUCCUAAUGCUAAAAAAAAUGCAGAUAUAAAGAGGAGUAAGACUAUCAUUCUUGCAACAGCUGUUUCCGUUGCUGUCAUUGUCGUGGUUGUGGUUUCCAUUCUUGUUCUAAUCUUCUACUUCAACAAGAGAAUAUCCAGACUAUUUUGGAAAAAGAAUCAAACAGAUAGCUACUUCAAUGUCAAAACAUUUUUAAAGAACUAUGAUUCCAUUUCCCCAAAGAGAUAUACCCAUUCUGAUAUCAAGAAAAUGACCAAUUCUUUUAAAGUGAUAUUAGGAAAAGGAGGUUAUGGCUCAGUCUACAAAGGAAACUUACAAGAUGGCACACCCGUGGCCGUGAAGAUCUUAGAAAACUCUUCCAAACAGGGGACCGGAGAAGAGUUCAUCAAUGAGGUAGCGAGCAUUGGCCGAACAUCCCACAUUAACGUUGUCACACUCCUCGGGUUUUGCUCCGAAUACGAUAAUCCAAGGUCUCUUGUUUACGAGUUCAUGCCUAAUGGAUCAUUGGAAAAGUACAUUAACGAUAACUGCCAAUUGGGUCGGGAAACCUUGUACAAGAUUGUUUUGGGGAUUGCUCGUGGACUAGAGUAUCUACAUAGAGGGUGUAAUACACGAAUAUUACACUUGGAUAUUAAGCCACACAACAUUCUUCUAGACACCAAUUUUUGUCCAAAAAUAGCUGACUUCGGGCUAGCUAAGGUUUGCUCGAAAGACAAGAGUGGUGUGUCUUUAAGUAGUCCAAAGGGGACAUAUGGGUAUAUUGCACCCGAGGUUUUUUCGAGAGCCUUUGGUGUUGUUUCGCUUAAGUCUGAUGUUUAUAGUUUUGGAAUGAUGAUACUAGAGAUGGUUGGAGGAGGAAGAAAGAACAAUAUUGAAGUGGAUCACGAGCACACUACAAAUGAAGUAUACUUCCCCGAUUCUAUUUAUCAACGGCUAGAAGUGGAAGAAGUGACAAAUGUUUUUGAAGAGGGAAAAGGGAUGGAGAGGAAGAUGAUAAUUGUAGGUUUAUGGUGCAUACAAACCAAUCCAAAUCAACGACCAUCGAUGAGUCGAGUGGUGGAGAUGUUGGAGGGAAGCUUGGAUUCAUUGCAUGUGCCUCCCAAGCCUUACUUGUCCACACCAUCUCUCCCAAUAGAAGACAGAGAUUCUUCAUCUUCCCAAAUGUCAUGAUAAGAAUAUAAGUAGUGUUUGUAAAUUGGAUGU